AUGUUGGCUUGGCAUCUGCCUUCGCAAAAGCGGACGUCCUCACAGGACCCAUACACCUCGCAGACGUGGGAUCAACGUGGUGGCAAACAGGAAGCGAGUCCCGGGCAUCUGGCUCGCAGCCCUCCACGAGCUGGAUCGUCCAUCCUUUGUGGCUCUGCAGCCUGGGUAGUGCUGGCAUCCGUAUUUCGCAAUGCAUGUCGUGGAAAACGCUGCAGGUGCAAAUCGGCUGCAUCUCCAAGACCUGCCACGGGAGCCACCGAGCUGCUGGUGGAUGGAGAUACCCACAGUGUUGAAGAAAUCCAGGAUGCCAUCAAACAACUGGAGAAGACUGGGAGAAGGGUACACACAACCGUUUUUGCAGAACCUGGUCGUGAAAACAACAAGAACUGGAAGCAGUUCUUCCAACGUCACGCGGUCUCUUUUCGUCCCGUCGACCGAAACUCGAGCAGAGUUGGUGAAGCCAAUGACGAUGCGAUAAACAGUGCCAUGAGUAAUUGCAGCGAUGACGAAAGUUUGGUUCUCCUCACAUCCGACUACGAUUUCGUAGAUUCCAUUAAGCAAGCGAUGGGCCGAGGCAGGCAGAUUCUAGUUUGUGUCUCGUCGAAAUAUAACGCAGUUAUCGAGCGCUACCGGACAGCAGGGGUGCAUGUCCAACAACUGCAGCCCCGAGUGUCCGUCUUCCCGAAGGUGCGUGCAAUUUUGCAUUCAGACGGCAGUGGGCACGUGCAACUGGACGAACCCUGCCCCCCCUGGUACGAUACCGAAAGCGCCGAUUCUUGCAAAAGCUUUUUGGUCGACUUGGGCUACAUGACUGGGCGCGAAGACCAUUUUGUUCACUCUACAGCUAAAUUCUGGCUCACAAACGAGUUGGGUUCAGUCACCGUGUUCCCUUCGCAAAUCGGCGUCAAACAGGUCUGCCAGCAAAUGCAGAACCACGGAGGUAGAGAGUGGCGGAGAUAUGCUGACAACUUGGCAUUCUUCCUUCCAAAGUCUUCAGCUGGAAAAAAAUUGACUAAAGUGCAGAUCGACAAGUUUGGCACCGGCCUAUCAAGGUCUUUCUUUAAGGGUGGUGGUCCGUUCAUGCUCAAAGAUUCCCCGAAUUUGGUAUGCCAAGCUUUGCGAAGGCUGGGGUACAUGGACGACGACAUGAACACAGACCUGCGGGAGGCAAUGUUUGUUUUCGUGAAUGCCCCGAAAAGCAAGUAUAACCUGCGGAAGCCGCUGGAUGCUCUUCCUUCUGCAACAGACACAGCCGCAGAGGUUGAGGAUAAGCUCCGGCAUGCAUUUCUUUCGAACAGGACGGAUGGACAGUGGCGCAUUGCCCCCAAGGACGUCCAAACGCGCCAGCAGCUGUGCAAAGAGGGUUUCUUGGCCGACGUGGAGGCAGCACGCGGUGAGGUUUUUCGUGCAAUGGCCAAGUAUGCUAGGCGUCACCAGCUCCCCGAGAUGAAAACCUACAACGGCUAUGUGUUCCGUCUCCUCUACCAUCUGGAUUCCAACCCGAACAAGACUGGAGCCAUCGAAAUCAUGCAGUGA